AUGGCGACAACAUUCGACUUCAUCGCUGAGAAAAAUGCCCGCGAGGCGCAACUGGCAUUCAUACGCAAAUUCGUUGAGGCGAAAGAAGACAUUGUGUCUUUUGUGGACGACCAGCUUGGGUGGAACAGGGCCGGAGAAUUUGAAGAUUACUUCAAAGGCUCAUUCAACCUCAGUCUCUCAGUUAGAAAUAGCGAGACUGACGAAUGUGUUCUCAUCCGCUUCCCAUUUCCAGGGAAGGUAUACGGGCCAUGGAGAGAGGAGAAGAUCAAAAACGAGGUCAUGGUCAUGAACUAUCUUUCUGAAUAUACGAGCAUCCCCGUUCCCCGUGUACAUCACUGGGGUCCUGUUGAAGAUAGUCCGCAGCAGUUGGGGCCCUUCAUGAUCGAGGAAUUUAUGCAAGGCGAGAACCUGGGCGAUGUCCUGAAAAAGCCUACCGAGGACGAGACGGACCCUGCCAUUCUGGAUCCAGAGAUCAGCGAGCAAAAGCUAGAUAUCGUCUACGAGCAGAUUGCUGGUUUUAUGCUGGAGAUCUCUCGCCUGGAGUUCUCGCAUAUUGGUGCCAUAUCCAAGGAUGCCACAUCUGAUCAAUGGGCUGUCACUAGACCACCUCUGACAUACGACAUGAACGAGGUUGUCGCCUUUGCUGGCUUCCCUGCCGACCGCUUUAAUGCCACCGCGCCAUUCAGUAGCGCAAGUGACUACUUCACAGAACGCGCGCAGCGUCUACAGACGAACCUGGAAACGCAGCGCAACAUAGCAUUCGAAGACGAAGAGACGACAUGGAACCGGUAUGUUGCACGCCAGUGCUUCGCCAAGCUAGUCUCUACUUUCACGGCCGACGACUCCGGACCGUUCCGGCUCUUCUGUGACGACCUGCGGCCCUCAAACAUGCUUGUCGACCCUGAGACAAUGCGCAUCACCGCCGUGCUCGACUUCGAGUUCACAAACGUCAUGCCUGCCCAACCUGCCUAUGACCUGCCCUGGUGGCUUAUCCUCAGGCAACCGGCCAUAUUGGUGAGCGAUGGAAAGCAGGAAUUUCUCGACCUCUUCGACCCGCGGAAGGAGCAGUUCAUCCUUGCCAUGGAGCGUAUUGAGGCCAAAUCGCCGCUACCAGCCGGGGAGCCUUGCCUCUCUUCUCGGAUGAGGGAGUCGUGGGACAGCGGGCGCUUCUGGUUCAACCUUGCGUCGCGGAGCAGCUUCGACGUCGAUGAGAUCUACUGGAAGGUUCUACACAAGGAGGGCAUGGGAGAGUUGAUGCUGGAUGCUGCGACACUUGCUGAGAAGGACAGAUUCUUGAGACGAAAGAAGGAUCAAUUUGAUGCGUAUUGGGAAGAGAAGAAGAACGACCAGCGUUUUGACGAGUAG